GCUACCACCACAUAAGCUGGUGUCACUUGCACUGUCAUGAAGCAUGUCUCUGUAUCGAUCAACGUUCAUCUACAACCAGAGGACAUAGGGCCGUCUUUUCAGUGCUGGCACAAUCUAACCACAGCUAUCAACUAAACACACCAUCUUUGUACAGUUUACAAGGAAACUGAGUUUACAAUAAAAGAUAUGGAAAAGUUCCCCAAGUGCAGCAUUUGCAAGCAACAGUUUUGCUACCAAGGACCACCUCCCUGGUUGCUGCCAUGUCUACAUGCUGUAUGCAAGGUCUGUCUUUCUGCUGCUGAGACAGGGACGUUGAAAUGCUCGUCUUGUCACAAAGAAUUUGACAGAGAAGAACACAAGUUCCCAGAGGACAAAGUCAGGGCAAGAGAGAUCUUCAAUCUGACUGUCCUUCAUCGUCCAUCCGAGUUGCAAUGCACUAACAAACAAGAUGGCGGACAGGCUGUCGUGUGGUGUAAACAGUGCGAGGCUAUGUUGUGUGAAAACUGUCAAGUGGCUCACAGUGAUAUCAAAAUGACAAGAGGUCACACAGUUCAGACAAUCGACCAAGUGGCACAAGAUGGAGUCUCCAUAGAAGCCAAGGAUGCUGUUUGCUCCACACACCAAAGGCCUGUUGACGUCUAUGAUGCGACAUGUGGAGUUCUGAUAUGUUUGAGGUGUACACGUGACGAUCAUGCUGGUCAUGACGUUCAAGAAGUCGACGAAGCAUUUCAAUCCAAGCAACUUGAAAUGAAAACGAAACACAAUCAAUUGUUGAUCCAUCACGAAUCCUUAACUGAAUCGAUUCUACAGAUGAACAGCAUUGAAGAAAAGGUUGAUGACAAAUGCAGUUCCCUGCAAACGUUGAAGGUUCACACAAUGUCUGAACUGAAGUCUCUUGUCGACCAGAGAGAGAAGGAACUUGACCUUGACCUGAGCACCUGCUUUGAGCACAUCAGAGAUGGAGCCAGGGAGAAGCAGCAAGAACUGGAGACGUCCCAGAUGUCCCUGAACACCUCCCUGACCUACAUAGAGAAGGCCUUGACCUUGACACCACUAGAGUACCUGGAACUCCAGGACACCAUGAUGCAGAGCGUGGACGCCUGUCUCUCUGAGCACGUGUCUGCCGUGAAGCAGCAGGAAGCAGCAGCAGGUGUUGCGUUCUCCAGACAGGGUCUCCAGGGUCUCAAGACUAACAUUGCCUCCUUUGGAUGCUUCUUUACAUCACCGGACCAGGAAUCCCAGGCCAACGAGCAACAGGAUAAUCAAGUGAUGUCAAAUUAUGAGACCCUGAAAGUCAAAUUUGAGGAGCUUGAGAAAAGUAAAGUUGAGCUUGAAAGAGCAGCUGCGGCGAAAGAAGAAAUGUUAAGACACGAACUAAAGAGCAAAGAGGAAAAUAUCAAGGAGCUGACUCGACAGAAAGACAUGGUGCACAGACAGUUUGCUGAGGAGAGCAAUAAAGUGAAGAGACAACAAACAUCAAUGGAGAAGUUUCAAAAACUAGCACAGCAGUUAGGUGUGAGAGUCUCUGGUGAUCUGUCCCUUGUCAGUGAGCAGUACCCAACAGGCGUGCCUCUCAAGCUCAACUGCCCCCCACUCGAGUUCGAUACAGGACGUGCAAACACCGAUUUUGUAGAAGUAUCAGAGAGAUCCAUGGUCAACCGUCCAAAUCCAGAUGACAAACCUGGUAAAAGAAAAUUCAACAAAUACAGAGGCACAUGCGGCACAAUGACUUUUCCUUAUCAGAUGGCCUCGUUACCAGCUCCUACUUCCGGUCCAUGUCGGCUCACCCACGCUUCCCAGUAUGCCCGGCCAGACCCUACAGAUCCAUACUACUACCAGGUUCAUGUCAAAAUACGACAAAAGGGGAAAAUUACAAGAAAGCUGAUCUUCGAAAUCGGACUUUGCGAACCAAGGAAAGCGGAUAAUCGUUCGUUUCGCUUUUCAGAAGAGUACACCGAUAGGCCUGUGCUUAUCGUAGGUUACUGUGACUUUGAUGAACUGAUUUGUACCAAGCAAUGUUUUUGUUUGGACAAUCCGUUCCACAACCGUGCUGGGGUUUCCAUGUUGACGUAUGGCGUCGUGUAUGAUGUCGUGAGAGGGAAGGUGGCGUUCAUUGACGUCAACAAGGAGAAGAUACUCACAACAAUACAUGUCGGUGCCAAAUACAGCCAUCUACUCCCGUUGUUUGGCGUCCACGACAAUGAGCAAUUUACCGUGAAGAUGACCUUGGAUGAAGUCAAGGAUGAGGACAUCAAUUCAAGGUUACGUGGUGUGAUUCAGGAAGCUCUGGGACGCUGACCUUCAGUUGACGUUGGUCUAGAAGUCAUUGGAGAAGUUUCCUUGAACUCAGAGAAGAGUUUUGCUUGUGAGAUCUAAAACCGGUGCGGUUGAAAUGAAUAAUGUGUUGCCUCAUUUGGUGUGGGAAGGAUGGUGUUGAUUACUUGUUCCAGAAAAUACUGGUAGCAAUAGGUUAGCCUACGGUUGAACACACAGAAAUCACAACAUGUCCUAAAGAAAAUUGGGUUGUGGGUUCCGAAUAUACUAGUAAUUGUUUGUCUCAAAAAUUAUGUGUGUCUUAAAGACAACCGAUACAUGUUUUCUUAUAGUUCAUAUAGUUCAUAUAGCUCAAAUAGCUCGUAGUCAUUGUAAAUAUACUAUGCAUGUUACAACAAUAUACAGGCAUAUAAUGUAUAUUGUCUACAUAAUUACUUCUUAGCUCUCUUUAAGACAUUUACAUGAUGAUAAUACAAAGAAAUCAUCACCAAUGCGGUUAGACUGACAAAGGUUACAUUUUCCUUCUAUAAAGGGAGUAUUGUUUAUCGCCCGACUUCUACUGGAAGACGAUGAGUAACAGUGCGAAACUGAGAUAAUAUAAAUUUUAACAACUGUUGUUUCAGGAGCUUAGUGAAGUAUGGUUCUGGAAUCCAUUCUGUUUUAAAACUCCCGAACUUUUAGCUUUUAAAGA